CUUAAAUCCAACCACGAAUGAUUCGUUUAAGGAGGGUCGCUGCUUUCGUCUUCAUACGUUUCCAAGGACAUUGCGAGAGGCGGGACAAUGGCAGCUGCCUGCGUGCGAACGCUGGGUCGGAUCAGCCGGUGUUCAGUUCCGAGCCAGACGCGCAGGACCGGGAAUUUCUCAGUCCAAGUUCAGCUGUUCCGAGGACCGAGCAGAUCGUACGGGACGGGCGACGCGGGGUUCCGGUCCCGCAUCUUCUCUGCUGCACCUUUGCGGGGCGGCAGCAGGAUCCUGCCGUGCGCUUUUUUCUUAGGUGCUGGACUCGGAUUGUACCAGACUGUCAAACUGUCAUUUCAGCGGCAACUGGCAGCGCAGGAUAGUAAUGCUCCUCGUAGGGAACUUAAGUUAACUUUGUAUCAGUACAAGACCUGUCCAUUCUGCAGUAAAGUUCGAGCCUUCCUUGACUACUAUGGACUUCCUUAUGAAAUCGUGGAAGUCAAUCCUGUUAUGCGACAAGAGAUUAAAUGGUCGCAAUACAGAAAGGUCCCCAUUCUUAUGGUGGAUGGGACACAGCUGAAUGACUCUUCUGUAAUAAUUAGUGCCUUGAAGACUUACUUGUUCAGCACGGAGAAAACAAUCCCUGAAAUCAUCACCUAUUACCCAGAGCUGAAGUCCAAGAAUGAAAAAGGCAAGGAAGUGACUGAGUACUGUAACAAGUACUGGCUGAUGCUAACUGAAGCAGAGUCAGGAAAGCUGUACUUGGAGAAGGAUUCCAGAAAGGAAGAGAUGAAAUGGCGUCAGUGGGCAGAUGACUGGCUUGUUCACCUGAUUUCCCCCAAUGUGUACCGUACUCCCCGUGAAGCCCUGGCCUCCUUCCACUACAUAGUGCAUGAAGGCAAAUUCAGCUCCUUUGAGGGUUUUUUUGCCAAGUACUUGGGGGCGGCAGCCAUGUUUCUCAUUUCGAAGAGGCUAAAGAGACGGCACAAUCUGCAGGAUGACGUGCGACAAGACCUUUACGCUGCUGUGGAUGACUGGAUGUCGGCCAUUGGCAAGAAGAGGCCUUUCAUGGGCGGGGAGAAGCCCAACCUUGCAGACCUGGCUGUGUACGGUGUCCUCCGUGUAAUGGAGGGUCUUCAGGCCUUUGACGACAUGAUGGAAAACACCAAGGUGGAACGUUGGUACCGACGCGUGGAGGAAGCCGCCCAGCGGCACAGCAGGAGGACGUGAUCCCCCCAUGUUGCUGGAGGUGGCAGGAGCCAAUCCGCAGGACAUUUUAUAUAAUUUCGCUCAAAAAAUGCACCAAAACAGUCAGGCAGUCCAGGUCAUGGCUGCUAGCUACCGUCUGUUAGUAAAGCCCUAACAGUAGAUGGCUUCAGCGCAAAGAAUACAUGUAGUAUAAGCAGCCACGCUGCUGUUUUGCCAAGACUGGAAACAGAACCUGCAACAAUACUGUCACCUUUCCCAAAACAUUCUAGCGUUCUUGGUGCUCAACAUAAACUAUAUCACUUUUAAUUUGGUCACAGCCAAUGUUCAUUUGUUUUUCGUGCUCAAUAUCGGCAAUUGAAUAAGAUCUGAGCCCUCAGUUUAAUCAGCAGUUGUACUUGGAUUCCCAGCUGUGCACAAACUGACAACUCUUUUUUUUAUUUUUACUAUGCAGUUAGGAUUUUUACUAGUGCACUUGGUCUUGUUUGCUGCUUGCAUUUUCAAAGAGGUCCCUUCUCAGAGCGUAAUGAAUGAAAAUAUGUUUAUGUGCACUAGGCAUGCCAGUCCCCUGGUGGGCUUUAUGCGAGCAGAUUUUUGCUCAGACUGUUUUUUUUUUAUAUGUUUGGGUGGGACUGUGGCGAAAUCGCUGAUGAUGGUCAGGAGUAUAAAAUGGGGAAGGCAGGAGAAUGACCUGGAAUGUGACAGAAACGGGAUCUGACAGGAAUGAUACGCGCAAGAUCGUUUUUGUUCAGUGGAGCAGGAUAAAAGGAAAACUGAACAACUUUCUGCUUUCUAGUCUGAAUUAAUGCAAAACAGCAGCUUGUAAAGAACUGGGAUCCCUGCCUGAAUAUGCCAUUCUGGAUUAAACUGCCUCGUUCUGGUUAUAGGAGCUCUGUGUAAUUCCUUAGCAGAAGAUUGGACUAACUUCAAGAAUAAUACCUGUUUUAGGACAAGAGUAAUAUCUUGUUUGAAAUUUAUCCUGGAUGUGUCUUGUCUUAAACGAAAUGUUUUUUUUUUUUUUUUUUUUUUUUUACUAAAGUGGCUACUGAAAUUAGUUUCCACUUUUAAGAUUGCAAACGGUUUCUGUUGGUUGAAUCGCACUUAAGGCCUGUCUUAACAGUUUUUACUUAUGGAUAUAAUGGGAUAAUUCAAACAAGUAUUUCCGGAUGUGCGUGAUACUGUGUAAAUGUUAAAAAAAAUAAACUGCAUCUUAUCAAA